GCUGUCUAGCUGUCUACCUGCGGGAUCUCGCUAAACGUUUAUCUCGAACCGUUCUCAAAGCCAACCCGUCCGCGGGCAGUCUAGUGGUUAUUUGGGACGGGAGGAAAGUUGGUCUACUUGCUGUCCGUCCUUCACGAUCAUGGCGUCGCCGUCUGGGGUGUCUCCCGACAUGCAAAACUUCGUCGUCGGGAUUAUCGGGAUGGGGGACAUGGGGAAGAUGUAUGCUCGGAGGCUGAGUGACGCUGGAUGGAGAAUCAUAGCGUGCGACAAGGAGGAGCAGUAUGAGAAUCUCCGUGGGGAGUUUGCCGACAGGAGCAAUAUACAAAUUCUCCGGAAUGGUCACCUCGUGUCUCGUGCAAGCGACUACAUCAUUUAUAGCGUAGAGGCCGCGGCUAUCAGUCGGGUUGUGGCCGAGUACGGACCUUCAACGAAGCUCGGCGCCAUCGUCGGCGGCCAGACGUCUUGUAAAGACCCCGAGAUCAAGGCAUUCGAAGCCUACCUCCCGUCAGACGUAGAUAUCGUCUCGUGCCACUCUCUCCAUGGCCCCCGGGUCGACACCAAGGAUCAACCAUUGGUUCUCAUCAAGCAUCGCGCCUCGGACGAAUCGUUUUCCAAGGUCGAGACCGUCCUGCGGUGUCUCAAUUCGAAGCACGUCUAUCUCACGGCGCACGAGCACGACCGCAUCACGGCCGACACCCAGGCGGUCACGCACGCGGCCUUUCUUAGCAUGGGGAAGGCUUGGCACUCGAUGCGGCAGUUCCCGUGGGAAGGGGCGCGCUACGUCGGCGGCAUCGAGAACGUCAAGAUAAACCUCACGAUGCGCAUCUUCAGCCAGAAGUGGCACGUCUACGCCGGCCUCGCUAUCCUUAACCCCGAGGCGCGCAAGCAAAUCGAUCAGUACGCCAAGAGUGUGACGGAGCUCUACAAGCUCAUGCUCGGCGGACACCUAGACGAGCUGCGGGACCGGGUGUUGCGCGCGAAGGAGAAGGUGUUCGGGCGGGAGGAGGCGCCGAAGUGGGAAGACCAGCUACUCCUCAAAGACGAGGUGCUCGACCGGUUCAGCAUCGGGGGCACGUCGGCGCGGAGCCCGCUGCCCAACAACCACCUGAGCCUGCUAGCGAUGGUGGACUGCUGGAGCGCGCUGGGGAUCGUGCCGUACGAGCACAUGAUCUGCAGCACGCCGCUAUUCCGGCUGUGGCUGGGCGUGACGGAGCACCUGUUCCGCCACCCGGAGCGGCUGGAGGAGGCGUUACGGAUCGCGGUCGAGGACAACACGUUCCGGAGCGACGACCUCGAGUUCACGUUCGCGGCGCGCGGCUGGGCCGAGUGCGUCGGCCUCGGCCACUUCGACACGUGGCGGGAGCGCUUCGUCGCGACCCAACGCUUCUUCGAGCCCCGCUUCCCCGGCGCGAUCGAGGUCGGCAACGAGAUGCUCAAGGCCGUGCUGGAGAGCACGAAGAGCUAGUUACUAUCUGGCUGACCGACUUGGCCGGUAAAAAAACUGACUGUCUUGGUGGGUGUUUGCGAGGUAGGCAGGCAGUAAUUCGACUUGCGACGUACUUGGCGCCGCCGCCGUCAGCCCUCCCUUCUCGGGGAUGGGGGCAAGAAAGGUACGGAUGUCACUCUACCAUAUAUAUCCUUAGGUAUACAUACAGUUUCUUCGUUAGUUGGACGGCCUUUAUGCCAUCGUAGUUACGGCAGUCAAUAAUCUGAAGUCAAAGUCAGGUAACAGAUGUGCAAUGUGCAAU